AUGACUCACGACCUGGACCCCACAACCCAAAACACCAAAACCUCCAAGGACCUCCUCAGGCAAUGUGUCAAUAUCCUCGCUGAGCUGGACGAGCUACAGGCUCUACUAAAAGAGACGCUCCGGAAUCCGCAGCUAGUGGAAGUGCGGCAGUUCCGGUCAAAUGUGAACGCGGAGCUAAAAAUGUUGCAGAAACUAGAGCGACAGAUCCAAGCCAGUGUCACGAUGACGGCUAAAGAUUCUGACCCAGAUAUCCAGGAUUCAGAGGUUUCUUUGCGUCUUGUACAUGCGCUUCGCUCGUCAAAUUUGCCAUUUUACCAGGCUGUCUGGGAUAUAGUGAAGGGUUCGUGCGUGGGAUUAUUGGCGCUUGGAAAAAGAUUUUACUGGGAGUCCGAGACAAAUCCUAAAGAAGUUAAUGAGUCUAGCCUCCCAGGGAAGCAGCCGAGCAAAGAUAAACGCAAGAGUGUUUAUGUCGAUGUGGUUGCGGACGAUGGAGAGGAAUGGGUUAAAGUCUCGACUAUCUCGGAGAGCAGACUGCUGUUUGAGAUGGCGAAAAAAGGCUGGGAAGGCGAUGACUCUGAUGAAAUGUCUGAAGAGGAAGUUAUUCUACAGAACUUCCACGGCGAGAACGGUGAAGAUGAUGAUGAAGGGGAGCUUGAGCUCAUUCAGCUAGCGCGGGAUCUAAGGAAGGCUGCUAAUAGUACGCGGGUCAGAUAUAGACAUCCCCGAGUACGAAUUGUUCUGCCCAAAAUCGAAGAGGGAAAUUUUCCUGAAAUUAACGAGAUGAUUAAAGAGAUGCGGAGUUUCGAUAUCCAGGUCGACUGUCAGAACACUUUGGCAGUGAACUCCAGCACUCUGGACCUCACUCGACUUCUGCCUCGACCGUACAAGAAGUUCACUUCUACUCUGAAUGUGGAUUGCACUCUCUUGCUUGCAAUUGUGUCUGAUUUGUCACACAUAAAAGAUAUCCCUGUGUCACCAAGCUUUCACAAAGCUAUCGUUCGCCAAAUAGAGGUCGAGAGAGAGAAGCCUCUGCUCCCUAGUGAACUCUGGCCUGCCAUGGGUGGAAAUGAGUUGGUCUGCACUGAGGAAGCGGCGAUGCGAAUGCGUGAGAUUGUGGAAACAAUUGGCUCAGAUAAAGAAAUGGAUCGAAUGAACAUCCUAAUGGCAUACGCUCCGUAUGAUCACUUGGAUCGCCAAGCUCUCAUCAAGGUAUUCCAGGAACUGUCUGAUUAUGACAUCCCGACGGAGUGGAAGCUUCCUAUUAGAGUCAUUGAUGCACAGGCUGCUAUAUCCACCGAUAAAGUGCAGGGAAAGCUUCCUCCAUUGGCAGACCGAGUCAUAGAAGGCUUGUCUGAUAUCAACUACAGUGUUUUCAUCUAUGGGUGGGUCACUGGGAUGACGACCAUCUCCAGCAAUCGAACAAUUGACAGGCAGAUAGAAGCCACGAUUGAAAAAUAUCGGGAUGGCAACGAGGAUCUUGAGGGACCUCCAGUCUGGAUCUGUGAUACAGCUCGCAGUCUGGCGGGGAAAGACAGAAAUCGGAAGGCAUAG